AUGGCCCUCCGAUACGCCUCACCUCUUGUCUUUCCGGCUGUCAAGGCCCAUACCGCAACGGUCAUCUUCGCGCACGGCCUCGGCGACACCGGCCAUGGCUGGGCAUCGGCGGUAGAGAACUGGCGGCGCCGUUCACGGCUUGACGAGGUCAAGUUCAUCCUGCCUCACGCACCACAAAUCCCUAUCACCUGCAAUGGCGGCUUCAGAAUGCCAGGCUGGUUUGAUAUCGCCGUGCUUGACGGCGAGAUAGAGAGCAUGUGCGCCAACGAGGACGCGGCGGGCAUCACGGCCAGCCGGGAGUACCUGCACGGGCUGAUCCAGAAGGAGAUCGACGCCGGCAUCCCGGCGGACCGCAUCGUGCUCGGCGGCUUCAGCCAGGGCGGCGCCAUGUCCAUCUUCGCGGGGCUCACCGCCAAGGUCAAGCUGGCGGGCAUCGUGGCCCUGUCCUCGUGGCUGCUGCUGAGCAUGCAGUUCCGCGAGCUGCUGCCCAAGCCCGAGUUCAACAGGGACACGCCCAUCCUCAUGCUGCACGGCGACUCGGACCCGCUGGUGCGCACCGAGCUGGGCAAGCUGUCGUACUCGACGCUGAAUGCCAUGGGCUACGAUAUCUCGUGGAAGGAGUACCCGGGCAUGGGCCACUCUGCAUGUCUCGAGGAGCUCGAUGAUGUCGAGACGUUCCUUGGAAAGCGUCUGCCGCCGAAGGACGGGGCUGCAGCAGAGGAGACAGGCAAGUCAGAGCUAUAA